GCAGAUUUUUUUUUUCUUCCCCUCCUAGAUUCCAUGCCCUUUAAGGCUGCAGAAAGCAAGCAGCUAGGAGUUGUUAUUGGGUGUGUGUGUUUUGCUUGGAGUGCACAGCGCAUGAAGGGAAAAGGGGAAAAAACACACAGAAAUAAAGCAAAUGGAUAGGGUGGAAUAAGGAAGGCCCCCCUCCUUACAGUGCCUCUGAGUCUUGCAAGCUUUUCCAUACACUGUGUUUGCCUCCUAGCCCCACGCGUCUAGCACACAGGCUUUCACUGCAUAUUGCUGCCUCUUUCUUUUCUCUCUUUUUUAUUCCUGGAGAGUUAUUAUUUUUUUGCUUCUUCCACUGGCAGCACUUUAUUUAAGGCAAAUACUUUUUUGUUCUUUUGUUCUUCUUUAGCUAUUUUUUUUUUUUUACUUCUCAACCUUUUUAUUCAAGGUGAGACAGGAGAAGUGAGAAGGAGGGCGCAAGAUUAGAGACUGGGCUUUUUACAGAUAAGCUUUGGAUUUGCCAAGGGAAGCAAGGACGAAGGCACCUGACUACACUGCAGAUAAUACACUGGGAUCUGGUUGCUGCUGUGUAAGAUUACGUCACCGUGCACACCCCGCGUAAAUUACGAGCUGCCAUCCAGCACAGAGAGUCCUCAGAAGAAUGUAGAAACCACUGGCUCUACUAAAUCCUCCAGAAGUGCUCAGUCACGCCGACGACCAUCAAGGAGCCUAAGCUUGAUUCACACCAUGGAGGACAGCUGCGAGUUGGACCUGACUUAUAUCACUGAAAGGAUCAUCUCUGUCACCUUCUCAGCAGGGACAGAAGAGGCCAACUUCUGCAGGAACCUCAAAGAGGUGGCGCAUAUGCUGAAAUCCAAACAUGGGGAUAAUUACCUGAUUUUUAACUUGUCUGAGAGACGACAUGACAUCAGCAAACUACAUUCUAAGGUGUUAGAUUUCGGCUGGCCAGACCUGCAUGCCCCAGCAUUAGAGAAGGUCUGUAGUAUCUGUAAGGCGAUGGACACUUGGCUGAAUGCUGACCCUCAUAAUGUUGUUGUUAUCCACAAUAAAGGGAAUCGAGGCCGAACCGGUGUGGUGAUUGCAGCUUACAUGCACUAUAGCAAUAUCUCUGCCAGUGCAGAUCAAGCUUUGGAUAGAUUUGCAAUGAGAAGGUUUUAUGAAGAUAAAGUUCUCCCUGUUGGUCAACCAUCUCAAAAGAGGUACAUACAUUACUUCAGUGGGCUACUCUCUGGAGGCAUCAAAAUGAACAACAAGCCUUUGUUUCUGCAUCAUGUCAUCAUGCAUGGGAUUCCUAACUUUGAGUCUAAAGGAGGUUGCCGUCCAUUUUUGAAGAUCUACCAGGCCAUGCAGCCUGUGUAUACCUCUGGAAUCUAUAAUGUUCAAGGAGACAGUCAGACCAGCAUCUGUAUUACCAUUGAACCGGGCUUGUUGCUUAAGGGUGAUAUUUUGCUCAAAUGUUACCACAAGAAGUUCCGCAGUCCAACCCGAGAUGUCAUUUUCCGUGUGCAAUUUCACACAUGCGCCAUCCAUGACCUGGGCAUAGUCUUUGGAAAGGAAGAUCUGGAUGAUGCUUUUAAAGAUGAAAGGUUUCCAGAGUAUGGCAAGGUGGAAUUUGUUUUCUCAUACGGUCCAGAGAAGAUUCAAGGGAUGGAACAUUUGGAGAAUGGGCCAAGCGUUUCUGUUGAUUACAACACCUCUGAUCCACUCAUCCGCUGGGACUCUUAUGAUAAUUUUAAUGUCCAUCGAGAGGACAGCCUGGAAGAAGUUGUACAUACUCAAGGACCAUUGGAUGGGAGUCUGUACGCCAAAGUGAAAAAGAAAGACUCCACGAACGGGAGUACCAGCACAGUUAAUGCAACUACUAUUCCUUUGUCUGCUGCACCCAAUCAUAUUGAACACACCCUAUCAGUGAGCAGCGACUCUGGCAACUCAACAGCUUCAACAAAAACAGAUAAGACAGAUGAGCAAGCAGCCAUUACAGUUGCCAGCCAAGGGUUAACACCCGAGGAAAAGCAAGAACUUGAACGACUUCUAAGUGGUUUUGGGUUAGAGACUGAAGCACAGAUGCACAACUUAAAUCCAGGCACAUCCAUAGCAGGGGGGAUGCUUCAUGUGGUGCCAGCACAGGUGCAUGUCAAUGGUGACAGCACAUCCCCACCAGCUGACCGUGAGACCGACAUUCUAGAUGAUGAUUUGCCAAAUCACGAUGUUCACAGUGUUGGAAGUUUGGGCACAAUGUCUUCAUUUGAUGGAACCCCGAACAUUAGUGACACUGUUUACCGUGAGUCUCCAAAAACGAACAUGUCCUCCAUGACAAAUGGGCCAUCCACCAUUAAUGGUAUAGACAAAAUGCAUAGAUUUGGCUUUAAUGGUAAGGAGACCAUGAUUAAUGGUGGUUAUCCAUACAACAACCAGCAUGUCACAAGAAACACUGCAAUUCCUCUGUCACAGACUAUAGGGAAUCAGAUGAGACCAUCUGCAUCUGUCCAGGAAAAUCUGGCUCCAUAUCAAGCCAAAGAACCAGCAAAGACUAACUGGGAACAGCCUCAGCCAGUAACACCAAAGCACUUAUACUAUUACGAACCAAAUGGGAUGUACCGUUCUCAUUCCUUCACGGCCACAGAGCCAGGAAGAUAUGAGUCCAGUUCCCAACUACCACAAGCACCAGCCAGAAGUGUUAGCAGCAGAGAGGCAGUACAGAGGGGACUAAAUACAUGGCAACAGCAGGGUGGAAGCAGACCACCAUCUCGUCAGCUGGAUGGGGAAAUAGAGAAUCAAAUUAUUAGAGAGAGUCCCCAACCAAGCACUUUUCAGACAAUGUCUGCAAGUCAUAGCAUCCCUGAGUUCCCAAAGGUGGCCUCACAAAAUGAAAUUGAACAAUCUAUCGAAGCACUUAACAUGCUAAUGCUUGACCUUGACCCUUCAUUCUCUCAAAUGCACAAGUCUCAGAGUGUCCCUAUUCCCCCGAAAGAUGAGAGAACUAUGCAAGCACCAGGCUUUAUUUCUGCUCAGCCUAUGCUGGGGACUUACCAGGCUCAGGUAUCUCCACAGAUGACAUUGCAAAGACCAAGCAAUGCUUAUGUGCCUACGCCAUCUAGCAUGGGACAAAACAUGACUACUUCUGUAAGCCAGCCUCAUAUACCUACUGAACAGUAUCAAAAAGCAUAUUCAUCUGGAGUACAUGAACCAGCUCGGCCUGUUCAACUAGAGAGGACUGUAAAUGAUUAUAGAGAACCUUAUACACAUGGAGCAUAUUCUCCUUAUGGUUAUCAUAACCAGCAGCCAUCUUCAAGCCUUGUGAGAAGUUUUAGCUAUGGCACAAGUGCUACCCCUUCCUCCAUUCCACCUUUGUCUUCUUUUAUACAAGGGGGUUCUCAACAACCUGUCAUCACAUCUCCUCCAACUUCUAUUGUCACAUCCCAACCUCACAUCCCACUAAAUUAUGUUGAGAAAACAGAAUCUCCUAUUCAAGAUCAAGAAGAAGGUAACUACAAUUUGGAAGGACUUGUGGCCCACAGAAUUGCUGAGUACAACAAUAAACUCAGUAAUAUCAAUAAAAGCAUGAACACCCCACAAAUCCUCACGCUUCACCGCCAGCGUUCCUUCACAUUUGCUGGGGUUCAGUCUCGUGAUAAGACUCCAGAUGAGAUAGGGUCAUUAACACGAAGGCGCACUACCAGUGAAGGCCAAUAUGAAGAUGGCACUACAGGGCCUGUAUCCAGGGGCAGUCCUACCAAGGCUCUUUCACCCGUUCGAUGUGUCUCACCAGAAGUUUUUAACUCUAUUUCAGCUAAUCCUGGAGGAAGACCAAAAGAGCCUCAUCUUCACAGCUACAAAGAAGCCUUUGAAGAAAUGGAGAUGACAUCUCCAGUGGUCAGCCCAACUUCCACAGUUGCUCGAUCUCCACCUGGUUUAAUGAAGACACCUUUGUCGGCUCUUGGACUUAAACCCCACAAUCCAGCUGAUAUUCUGCUGCAGUCUGGAUCUGAGACAGUCAGGGAAACAAUUAUUGAGUAUAUGGAAGAACCCAGAAGUUAUGUGGAAUCAGUGGCACGGACAGCUGCGGCUGGAGGAGUUGCCCCAUCAUCUCCUGUCACAUUACCCCUAGUGUAUGGCGAGGACACUCUGAUAAGGAAUGGUGGAUAUCCCAAUGGCUUCAGUGCACCAAGUCCCAUUACCACUAGUAGUCCAAUACAUAGUGCUGACGGUGGCUCCCUCAGAAGUUACCCAUCUGCGGAGAGCAGUGUUAGAAUUCCCACUCCUACUCAACCAUCUGUGGAUUCUAGCUUUAGAUCAACAAGUGUGUCUCAACCGUCUCCUCACAGCAGUUACCAAAAUGCAUCUCCAACUCCUAACAUGGGGCAACAUGUAGGUACUCCUGUCAGUUCCUAUGAUGCAUAUUUAUAUAAUUCACCGAAUGCCAGCACUCAGACUGAUGGACACCCAGGACCACAAAUCAAUGCGGUAGCUGGGCAUAUGGUACAUGGAAGCCCAGUACCCCUUCACAGAACAGUGGGUACUAACACACCUCCAAGCCCAGGACUUGGAAGAAGAAUAGUCAGCCCCAAUAUGUCCACUACACCUGGAAGUCCAAGCAUUAACAGGCAUCCCUUGGGAGCUCAUAACAAUGUUGCAGUGACCCCAGGCAGUCCUAGCCUAGCCCGCCAUCAGGUUGUGAUGACAGGAAGUGCCCCUGUGACUCCUGGGAGCCCAAGUUUGGAUCGUCAUGUCAUGUAUGGCUUUUCUACCCCAGAAGACAGGCGACCCACACUAUCACGGCAGAGCAGUGCAUCUGGAUACCAGGCUCCAUCCACCCCAUGCUUCCCAGUGUCUCCUGCCUAUUAUCAUGGUAUGAGCAGUCCAUCCUCCUCUUCUCCUGAUUCUACUCUUUACCGCCAGGAGAGUCCUGUGCCACAACCCCUCCUGCCAGAGAAGAGAAGGAUGUCAUCUGGAGACAGAUCUAACAGUCUGCCCAACUAUUCCACAUUAAAUGGAAAACCUUCCUCUCCUAUGUCCAGUGGAAUGUCCAGUCCAAGUGGUGGAAACACAAUGUCAUAUACACAAACAUUGCCAGACUUUUCUAAGUUCUCCAUGCCAGACAGCAGCCCUGAAACUCGAGCUAAUGUAAAGUUUGUUCAAGACACGUCAAAAUACUGGUAUAAACCUGAGAUUUCCAGAGAUCAAGCAAUCUCACUACUGAAGGACAGAGAGCCUGGGGCAUUCAUUAUUCGUGACAGUCACUCAUUCCGAGGAGCUUAUGGCCUUGCAAUGAAAGUAGCAACGCCGCCCCCUACAGCUGGCCAGCCCGCCAAGAAAGGAGAUGCAACAAAUGAGCUGGUGAGACACUUCCUAAUUGAGACAAGUCCCAGAGGAGUAAAAUUAAAGGGAUGUCCCAAUGAACCAUACUUUGGGUCCUUGUCGGCUCUUGUAUACCAGCACUCCAUCACUCCUCUCGCACUGCCUUGCAAGCUGGUCAUACCCAGCAGAGAUCCCUCUGAAGAACCUAAAGAGACUGCAAUUCCUACCAAUUCAGCAAGUGACUUACUGAAGCAAGGUGCAGCCUGCAAUGUGUUAUUCGUCAACUCAAUUGACAUGGAGUCACUGACAGGUCCUCAGGCUAUUGCAAAGACCAUUGGAGAGACAUUAGCUGCUGACCCUCCACCCAGCGCAACCAUUGUCCACUUCAAAGUUUCAGCUCAAGGAAUUACCCUAACUGACAACCAGAGAAAGUUAUUUUUCAGAAGACACUAUCCUCUGAACACAGUUACUUUCUGUGACUUGGAUCCACAGGAAAGGAAGUGGAUGAAGACAGAUGGCUGUCCUGCAAAACUCUUUGGCUUUGUGGCCAGAAAACAGGGCAGCACCACUGAUAAUGUUUGCCAUCUGUUUGCCGAGUUGGAUCCCAACCAGCCAGCCACAGCCAUUGUCAACUUUGUGUCUCGGGUGAUUAAUGUGCAGAAGAGAUGAGACUGCUCCUGCUGUCUAUUUUACAUGAACCAGCAGCUUGCUGGACUGAUGGACUCUUGUGGACGGCAAAGAGAAUGUGCUUUAUCUGUGAGGAAAGUGAUUUUCCAGUUAGAUGAAAACCAACAAAACAAAGAAAAAAAGAAACAAGCUUAAAAACAAUGAAAUGACGCAACAAAGGAAAUCCAAGUGACCUGUUUCUUGUUGAAGGGUGGAAGUAAAAAAACAAAGCAUGCCAUUGUGUAUACAGAAACCUCUUUGGCUUUUGGAUCAAUUAACAAAUGCAUCAGUAUACAAGGUGUUUAUUUUAAUUCACUAUUCCAUGCUGCAAUUACUAAAGAGUAUAUUAACUAUAUAAGUGCAUAUAAAACAUAUCUGCCAUAGCAUACACAUUAUGUAUUAUUACAUGUUUAGUAAAACAUUUUAAAGACAAGAUUUUUAUAUGUUUUUUUGGAUCUACAGAACUUGCCAGAUAUUUACUGUCUUUUUAAAAUGAUUUGUACUUUACUCAUACCCAUGACAUAGCAAAUACAAAAUCAAUAGGCAAGAAAUUGAUUGUAUUUUUGAUACAUGCUUAUUGUGUCUUAAAAAGUGACAUCACAACACAUUUAGAUAUACUGGUAACUCAGAAUUAAUUGUAUCCAACUAUAUACAUUUUAUCAACAUGAAAUGUUCUGUUUGAUGUAUAAAUAGUGACACCUAGUGGUAUAAAAUAUAUUUUCAUGGAGAACAUUAAUUGAUGCGUUAUUUCCAAUUUCUCAACAAGAGUUGCGUUGUUCUUGUAAUAAAGAAAUUCAGCUUCCCCCCAAAAAAGAAUAAGCACUAUAAAUUUGAACUCUAUGGGUUCUUUUGUUAAUUUAUUUUUAAAGAGACAGUAAAUAACGGUGACGUUGUUGCAUCCUUUUAAUGCUCGCUACCAGAUUGUAUAUAAAGCAAGAAUGUUAGAAAUUCCUUGUUACAACAAGGGACACAUGCAAUAUAUUUUAAAGAGCUGUAAGAAAUUUUAGCCAUUAAAAAGUGUUUGUUUUCUAUGUGGAUGGGCAGUGGCAGUUCAAGGUUGUUGUAGCAGAAACACUGUGUCUUGGGUCAUUGUUUCUCUAUGUGCUCCAUACUCUACUAGAAACACUAUGCAGCCUGCCUUCUCAGCAGGUUUAGUAAGAGUAGAGGUUAGAUGCUUCUAUUGGCAAGUGCAACAUAUAUGCUGGGAGUGUAUAAACAUUGUUGCCAGCUGUUUGGAUGCAGCAUUAUAUUAAGAUGCCAUUGCAUAUAGAGAAAACUCACAUCUAGCAAUUCAUUGUGGUGUUUAGUUACCAAUAUUCUCAAAGGUGCAAAUGCAUCCUGCCCUGCUACCUUUUAUUUUCACUGCCACUGUACAGCACUAUAUGCACACAAAGGCCUCUGCACAUAUACAUUCAGGACUACUAUGAAUAUAUUGUAGUAAAGAAUACAGUUUAGUUUUUAGGUCCUUUUCAGAAAUAUGCUACUGUUUGCUUCUCUGCAGAAACACUACUUUAUACCUAGCAACUGUAGUUCUGGGCAGAGCAUAAUACUACUGAAUUCUGGGGACAGAUCACAUGUAAAAUAGAAACAAGAAACACAAAAGUAGUUGUAUUGAAAACAUUGUGUACAGGGUUACAGUACUGCUGGGACCAUAGAGGUUGUUUAACUCUUUAGCUGCUGGAGAGGCCAGUAAUACCCUUGGCUGUCACUGAUACUAUACAGUGAAUGGAAUAUAGAGCACACCGCCUUUUAUCCUUGACUUAAAUUCUCAUGCUGAGCAGCACGUGAAUGCAGCCCAUUUUCAUGUAGGUUAAGGAGACCUGUCACGUGGAUUAAAGAAUAAACUUCCAAAAGAUUUAUGCAUCAUAUACUGUGGUCAAGAAAUUAUAUUGUCCUGAGAGAGAAUGGACUUACCCCAACUAAGUGCAUAUUCUUUAUUACAAAGAUGAAUGCAGUGUCUAUUACUGUAUUUUAUAUUGAUUUAUUAGCACAUACCUAUGCAUAAGACAUAUACAGCAUAUAAUGUAUAUAUACUUGCUUUUUGUCACAAGGCACAUACAUAUGCAACAUCAUUUCCUUUCACUUCGGCCAUUUUGCUCCAUCAGGCACAUGUAACCACCUGUGAUGUCAUAGAAGCAAUAUUAUCAAAAGUGCCUGUACCCCAAGAAUAUCACAUAAAAUAUCACUGCAUUAUAAUAAAAAUGACAUUUACAUUCUGCAUAUAAGGUAAAAUGAUUUAUAUAGAGCACAACAUGCUGUCAUAUUUUUAUUUUGCUCUAAGAGAUCUUAGUUUUUCCUUCUUGGGACUGCAGUUUCCCAGAAUUCAUCUGUGUAGUAUAAUAUUAAAGCAAUACCAAAUGCUAAUGUUUUCAGAAUGUAAUUCCUAUACUGCCCUGUAUCAAAUUACACAAUUUAACAUGAGGUCAAAACUCCUUUUUUAUUUAGUUAAUAUUAAUGUACUUUUAUUUUCUGUGUCACAAGUAUCAACUCAUCCAGUAUAAGGUACAGAUACAAACAUACCAAAUUACAGCUCUUUCAGUUGCUUUAUAUAAAAAUCUGUGGUGGCUCUGCCAUAUUGUUUUCUGUAAAAAGUAUGCAUACACUGCCUAACAGAUGCUGGCAAAUUAAAAUGUAUUAUUCAAUGUCCCUAACUUUAUUUAGAUCUGAAGAAUAGCAAAAGACAUGCUAUGUAUGUAUCACUAGAGAACAUAUUUAUUAUGUAAUGUCUAACCAGUUAAUUCCUACUUCAGUCUAUUUAUAAAACCAACAAACAAUA